AGACGAUCAGGAAUUUGAGAUUUGGCGUGGCUACCAAGCAGCUGCGUAACCAAGCUUACAGCUGUUAUAGUGGUCAUUUCAUCUGAUCUGGGCAAGGCAUUUUCCCUUCGCGCACCGAACUUAACUACUGUAGCCAUGCUCUUUUGGCUAUCGGCUCGAAAGUCUUGAAAUCCAGCGGUUAGAAACUUAAAUUGGAGAAGGAAAUUGUCUACAUUUGACAUGGAAAACGGGUUUCCGUCGCGGUUCGACCUUCAAGAACAAAUCGGAAAGUUAGUAUUCUUGCUGAUAUCUGAAAGGUCGUUCGAGAACCAAAUGUAACAGGCAGUUGCAAUUGCGAAUCACCAAUGUUUGCGUGUUUGCCUAAUCUUGGUUUUAUGACUUCUUAUCUUCUUGUAUUACCUUGUCGAUAUCUUAAAAAUGUGUAGUUUGUAUUACCGUCGAAUGUUGUGAAGUGUAAAGCGUACCUAUUAAUUUGUUUGCAGAGGUACUUUCAGUGUUAUUCGAAGAUGUUUCGACAAAAGAAGCGAUCGAGUGUGUGCGGUGAAAAUUGUAGAUAUUGCAAAAAUGUCCUCCUCGAGUGGUCUUACAGAAGAAGGUAAUAUGCCGCUAUCUUGCUGAUUUUAUGCAUAAUAUUCAGGUGCAAGAGGAUUUUGGUUGUUAUCCGGUUUGCUAAUGUUUAAAUCUAAUGUAAUGAAAGCAUCUUGAUAUUGCAUGUGCUUAAAGUUUGAAGAACACCGAACUGAACGUGAAUUUAACGUUCGAUUUUUUAUUGACUUCUUGCCGAUGCAAUACUUAAGGUUCGAUUGCCUCAAAUCUGCUCUUCUAAUAUGUGUUUUUCUAUAUAAACCUCUAAAUGAAAGCAAUAAAAAUGUUCCUUAGGCAAACGAACGAAGACUACAUGCACGUCAGGGUGAAUUGAAAUAUUUUUCCUCGCGCUAUUUAUCAGAUACAGGGAACAGUAAACGAUGCGAGAAAUGCCCUCUUAUGUUAUUAGAUAUCCAGUGAAGGGGUUAUUAAUUCUGGACACGCGGUUUGUAUUUCUCAAACCUUCUUUCCGGUGGUUUCGCAUCUUUCUGUUUCAGGGUGGUUGAGCCUUCUAAAGCCGACAAGGCGUUCUCUUUACGCGUUAAAAAUUUUCAUCAGAAAGUAACCUAUCCAUUCUACGUUGAAAAGAUAUUUAAACUUUUUUUUUAAUUCAUCGUUCGCAGAUUUACAGAGGGAGGCCCGUAUCUGCCAGAAAUUGCGGCAUCCUCAUAUAGGUACAGUAUAAACGGAUAUGAAUAAGGAAAACUUCUGUCAUGUAAAUUUUCCGCUCGUUUGGCGACAUGCUUUUUAGGUGUCCGCUGUUGUUGUUUGGGCAUUAUACCAUUUAAACAAGUAUCAAUUACUCGUAGAGUUUUCCUGCUGUAGAUACAAUGUAUAUUCCACCGCUGAUUUGAUUGAAGUCGUAAUCCGUGGGAUCUAAGUUUAUUUCUUAUUUCACAAUUCGUUUAGAUUUAGUUAAAAUAUUCAAUUUGAAUCCUAUGAGUGAAGUGAGACUCAAGAGUUUGCUUUUCUGAAGAACAAAAAAAAUAAUAAGAAAUACAGACAUUUCUAAAUGGAUUAAGUCUUUCCAUCUAUAGUUUAAAAGUUUUGAUUGGUCUUUUGAAAGCACUAAAAUUUCAAAUUUAAAAUGAGAUUUUCUUUUUCCAAGUAAAGAAUGCAUUUAUUUCAUUUUUUCCUCCAAGUAAAUAAAUAAGACUUGUGCAUUAGAUGUCAGCUGGUCCCCGUGAUUUUCAGAAUUUAAUUUUGGUACAGGUACAUGCAAAUCUUGUAGAAUAUUGAAUUUGCAUUAAAGUGGCCAUUGAACUAAUAGAAUGGUAAACAGCAAAAUUAAUGGUCAGAUACAGAUGAUAAAAGAGUGUUUUGUUGCUGAACUCAUAGUGACAAAAAUUUUAUGGGAAAUAAAUGCACAUACUGUUGGGUAGAAAAUGCACAUGGAAGAUUUUAAAACUCUGGUAUCGACAUCAUCAAGUCGAUUCAAUGCAGAUUACUAGAUUCACAAAGGUUGUAGUGCUGCAGUACUGAGGAUCACAGCUCUGUGGAAUAAUAAAAAUACAUUCCAUGUGAAAUUCUUUAAGAUAGAGCAUGAUUUUCUGACUUCAGAAUAUUUUUAAGUGGUAAAUGAAUGAAAAUAUUAACCCUUUAACUCCCAGAAGUGAUUAACAUAAAACUUCUCCCUACAAUAUCCAUACAUUCUUCAGCAAACAGUUAAUGAGAAUAUUCAAACUUAUCAAGUAGAAGCUGCUAUCUUGAUCUAGCAUUAAGUUCUCAUAACCAAUUUACACAGAAAUGUGUAGCAGCUACAGGAGAGAAUUAACAAUUAGAUCUUGGGAGUUAAAGGGUUAAAUGAACCAUAAAAAUACAAUGGCUGUAUCAUCACUUUGUAAAUCAUAACGAUGAAGAACUGUUUUUAGUGUAGAUUGAUGUCAUCAGCUUACUUCUUUCAUGCAAACAACUCUGACCAUUUAUAUCAUGACAGACACAUAAAUGUCUUCAUGUAGUUUAGUAUCUACUCUAUUCCUCUUCAUAUUAUUAUUAUCAUUACUAUUAGUGUCUCAUUAUUUUGAUUACCACUUUAUAAGUAUUGUUUAAAUUCAAGAAUGAUAUAUAUCAAAUAUUUCAUUUUUUAAAUUUUUUAUUUAAAAGUCAGAAUGAUAAAGGAACAAAAAAGUGAUACAUACUGUGUUCUUGCAGCUUUAAUUCAAGUAUUCCCUUUUUCUGGGCUAUAAUGCAUGAUUAUACAAUACAGAAUUUCUGCAAUGAGUAAGAAAAACAUAUUUGUGAACAUGUUACAAUGCCCAUGCUAUUUUGCUUCAUUUUUACUUUUUUUUCCUUUAGACGUUUUAAAAUUCUAUCAUUUAUUGAAAAAUUACUUCAUAUGAUGUCUUUUCAUGAUGACAAAAUUUUGGUAGACUUUCAUGGCUGUACUCUAAGAAAAAUUAAAGGGGAGCCCAGUGCUUAAAGCCCAAUGUGAAACCAAAGGUGCCCAGCACAUGCUUUACAUGUACAUGGGAAAAGAAAGAAAGAUUCCUUAGAGCAAAAGUAGGGCACUAGGGACCACUGGGUACUGCUAGAGUACAGCUGUGCACCUUUAAGGGGAAAAUGUUUUUAUUUCAUAUAUCUAAUGUUCCACAGUAUUGAGAAAUGUUGCAAUGUUUUACAAUAUUGAGAGCUGCAGCUGUAUUUUGACUUUGUAUUUUUAUUUCUGCAGUUGAAAUCAUAGGAGCAUACUCUGUGAGUGGAUAUAUAUACAUGGUUUUUGAAUAGUGAGUAUUGUUAAAGCCACAUACAGAAAUUAAUUGCAACCAAAGUAUGUAGUCAUGCUGCUUCUUACUAAUUGAUGUAACUUUUGAUGUUCUUAGAUGUUGGCAAAUAGUAAUUUCCCUUUUUUUGUUUGAGUCAAAAUGCUGGGAAACACUUCUUGAGUUGAGAUGAAGUGAGACUGAAAUUCUGUAACAUUCAAGAGGCUGAAUUAAUUAUAAUUAUAUGCCCAGAUAUUUGUAUUACAUAAUGAAAACAAAUUGUUCAGAGCUGUUUCUUAUCUUGAAGCUUUAUGCGUGUUUGUGUAGAGGGCAAAAUAUCAAACAUGCUUAUUUUAAUUACAGCAUUUUAUAUCAUUUUUCAUUUUUCGAAUGCAGUGUUUUACAUUUAAUUUUGCAGUUUGGAUGGUGCUGAUUUGUGUUUUGAAAUAGUGAAUCGUGUCCAUGCGGGUUUUGUUUACAGUGAAGCUGUAGCAAGGUGAGAAGAUAAAUUCAUCUUGAUAAUAGAAGUUGGUGAUAAUGAUGAUGACGAUGGUGAUAAUGAUGAUGCCGAUAGUGACAAAGAUAAUCAAUGGUAAUAAUAAUGAUGAUUAUAACUAUAUGAAUUUAUUGUGGAAAUUGGAAAUUAUUGAAUCUCACUCCGUGUUGCAAAUUUAUUCAAGAAAAAAGGAUGUCAUGGAGUAUAGAAGUGAAGGCAGUGCAGCAAGGUUGGCAAGGGUGCAGGGCUUGUAAUUUGGCUUCAGUUGUUCGAAGGGUGGAUAACACUAUCCACUGAAUAAAUCUCUAUCUGGUGGAUUGCACAGUAUGUUUUAUUACAAUUAUCUACUGGAUAGUGACAUAUCCUUUGGAAAGUGCACCACCAUUGGAACAACCAGGCCCAGGUGGUACCAGGUUCAAGCCCUUCACAACUGAAUGGACUUGUUCUAGUGUGUCUUCACUUCAACUCCUUGGCAGCACUUCUUACAUGUACAGUACAUGGCCAAGUGGUCUGCAUCCUGCUGCUUAGGAUUUUUAAACACCAUGUUAGCUUAAAAUGUUUGUUUCCAAUUUGUUUUUAUUGGCUCUAAAAAGUCCCAUUGGGAGAGUGGUCAAUGAAGUAUGCAUUGCUUUACAUUUGGAGUAAGUGCUAUCUAUAAUUUUGAAUCAACAGUCACUAUCUCAGACAAGUUUUGGAGGCAGUGUCAUUUUGUCAUGAAAAUGAAAUCAUACAUCGAGAUCUUAAGGUAAGAUAUGGAUUAACUUGCUGAUUAUUUGAGAGUAUAUUCUGACUCUUGAUUGUUAUUACAGUAAAACUCCAACAAGUAUGGUGACCAUAGGGGCAUGUGCAAAACCAUCACACAGAUCUUACAGCCUGUGGCCCUUUACACAUCAACAUUAGUUUGCAUAUAACCAAUAACUGCUAUAACGUUUAUGAACUAAACAACAGACAAGGUAGUUUACAAGAUCCAUUGCCCUGACUGACAACCCUCUCAUCCUAUUUUUGAGGGACUGAUGGGAACCUCUGUACAAGUCUCACUAAACACCACAAAGGGACAACCAUCUCAACUUCAUCACCGUUUUCAUCCCCAAGAUAAAUACAUGUUUUUCUGUACAAUAUAAAUUCAUUUUCAAGCUGACUGGGAUGAGACAAAAAAAAUACCAAUAAAUGGAUAUUUUGGAUUCAAUACCACAUUCCUAGAGUUAAAAAUGAGGAAAACUGAUUUUUAGAUCCUGUAAGUGACUAGGUUAGUAGAGCUUUACAGGACUAUUAUAAUGUAGAAAAUCAAAUGGAAAAUCUUGCAGAAACUCACCAGAUUUUACCUACAUACUAAAUAUAAGUGUAUCUUAACUAUGAUAAAAGUAUCACUUGUCUGGAUUUUGACUGAAUGUCACAAUAUUUUUAUUCCUGGCAGCCUCACAACAUUCUGUUGGCAAGUAAAGAGAAUUCAGCACCAAUCAAGAUUGCUGACUUUGGGGUGGCUGUAGAAAUUGGAGAAGAAGGCUAUGUCACAAGUGGUGAGAGAAAAUAUCAUGGCAUUUUACUUUGAAACCCUUAUCAAAAGAUUACUGAUGAAUGUGAUAACUUGCUUUGAAAAAUUUGUGUUGCUCCCACAUUUAGUUAUAGUACACAAGUUAUUGUCAGUGGCAUAGUAAAAUUUACUCAUAUUCUCAUAGAGAAGUAAAUUUAUUGUGCGGGGUUUAUAAAUGGUUGAUUUCCCCAACUUCUCUUUUCCCUUCCUCUAAGUAUGAAAUUGAAACCAUGUCAACUCUAUAAAUGGAGAUCUUUAUCACUUUGGAAAUCUUUUAGUGACAAACCCAUGAAGGUUAGCCCUGUCAAUUUUAUUCUACAGUUGUAUUUUACAGCCCAACUCCCCUCCUACACCCCCCCCCCCAAACAAAAAAAAAGAGACUGUGGACCAGACAUUGUCUUUCCUGGACAGUGUUUGUGUCCACCAACAGUGUUAAAGUUAUAACUCAGUAUGAUUGUCUCCCUAAACCUGUUCACUGUUUCCAUAGUGGGAGUGAUAACUGGUUUAUUUGUUUCUUUUUCCUGGUUUGAUUCAAUAAAGGACGCAUAGGCACCCCACAUUUUAUGUCUCCAGAGGUGAUAAACAGGGAACAGUAUGGUAAACCAGUAGACAUUUGGGGAUGUGGUAAGUAGAUGUAAUACUCAUUUUUAAGUAUUUUGGAAGAAAUGAUACUGAAAAAUAAAUCGCUACAAUGGUGAUACAGUAUUUCUUCUACUUAGUGGUAACGGUAAUAAGUCAAAAUUCUGAAGCAGCAUCAAAAAAAUUAUGUAAUUGGGGCAGUUGAGCAAGAAAUCAUUGUUAGCACUUUUAAGAUAGUGCAAAUAUUUGUGUCAUUUUUGUAUUGAGCAUUUCAGUUCACUUUUGUAAUCAUUGUCCCAGCCUUUUUUACCAAGAACAAUUCUUCCAUGAUAGAGUAAAUCUUUAAAAUUUUGCCUAGUAGAUUAUUAAAUAUACUUACAAUUAUAGUAAAUUUUAUGUGACUUUGGAAACCUUUAAAUGGAAUAAUCCUCAUUAGUCAGCCCUUCUUUGUUGCAACAUUUAUCCAGGAUCUCCUCUUGCUUUGAUGCACUUUCAGUGUCAAUUUUGAUAUGGCUCUAGAGUCAGCUUUCAGUCUCUUCUUAACCUAAAUGUAUUAGAAACUUAGAUUAUCAGUUUAUGUGAUAAAUCUAUCAAGAGUAACUUAGACAGCCAUGUUACUGCACCUUUUGAGAACAUGGGAAUUGUAUGGUUCAUGAUGCUUUCAGUCACUAUUAAAGAUAACAUCCAUCUAGAUUUUAGAAAGAAACAAUUGGAUUACAAUUCUCUCAAUGAAAAUGCAGAAACAUUACCUUUUCAACACUAUUAAACAGCAUUGUUUCCCUGGGAGUUCAGCUGCAUGAUUGAUGACAGCAUUAAAAGCAUUAUGUGUUAAAGCCUGUACAACUCCAUUCAGUCUUGUUUCAUGUUAAUUAAUGAAGAACACAGUAAUCCACAGUUUUGCAACAUAAAUGAAAAUUUUAAAACAGUGGAUUAUCCCUUGAAAGAACAUUAAGUUGUACCUUGCUAGAACAAACUUUUGAAAUUAAAUACCUUCUAAUGUAUGACUGCCUCUCAUUCCUGUGUUAGGUGUUGUACUCUUCAUUCUUCUGAGUGGAUCAUACCCCUUCCAAGGAACUGGAGAAAAAGUAUACGAAUCCAUCAAGAAGGGCAUACCCAUGGUAUGUUAAUAACAAAAGAUGUGUCAAAACUAAGGCCUAUUUUUACUUCCUGUUGUUGAACAAAAAGCUGACUAGCAAUAAUUCAUUGAACAAGAAGAACUGAAUUUCAUUGACUCCAGUAGGGGAAGUAAAGGUGCUAAUUUAUGGGAUGAAUUUGAUUCAAGUUAUGUUUUAAACAUUUGUAUGGUGACAGUUGUGUCUGGGCAUCUUGUAGAUGAGACCAAAAAUUUGGGACAGCAUAUCUGAUGAGGCAAAAGAUUUAGUGAAGAAGAUGUUAGCCCAGGAUCAGAAUGAUAGACUGACAGCAAGGGAAGCACUGCAACAUCCUUGGCUUAAUGUAUGUACUAACUCUAAGGUUUACCAUUGCAAGUUGACAAGUUGUUUCUAUAUAACAGCACAAUUCAUGAAAUUUGAGUCUGUCUCUUUUCAUUGCCAAUGAAAUAUUGGAAUUGCAUCAAAGCAGUUCUAACUAUAUCUUUAAAACACAAGUAUACAAGGGGUGGCACAGCUGAUGGAGAUUGGCAUCUAAAGGAAAAGCUAGUGGAUGUAAAAUUUGCAAUUCUCAAAUAGCAUAUGAAGUUUUUCAUAUGGAUUUUAUGAAUAUUAUUCAGUUCAGGCAAAAUGGGUUUAUGUACUUGAGGUACUCACUGAAUGAUGAGGGUAAUUAUUUUGGAAUUUUACGGUAACUUUUAAGGGGUUAGGACUGUAUAUUGUACACUCACACCCAAGUGUUUAGCACGAAAAGUGUGUUGUCCUUUGUAUUAUUUUGCAGUCAGUGGUUAGUUAGAAGUUAUUCUCUAAGAAGAUUAAGUCCCAAAUUAUUCAAUCCUUUAACAAUAAAAUCCUUGUAAAAAAACUUGAAAACAACCGCAGCUAGGGUUAAUAAAGUGUUUUGUAUUACUGAACAGUGAUUUAUAUAUUUUUUUCUUCUCUAGAAUCGCAAUGUACCACAGAGAAUUCACCUUCAGGAUUCAGUAGAUGAAAUGAAAAAGUUUAAUGCAAGAAGAAAGUUAAAGGUGAUAAGAAUACAGUCAUUUUAAUUUGUACAAGAAAUUUAUGUAUACAUAUUUACUGCUGUGGGAAACAUAAUUCCACUCUUCCAGUAGACCAAAUAACUCACUCAACCAACAGGGUUAAUCCGUGUAUCAUGCUGGUUACAUCUCACGCGGUCUUGAAGCGGAAAAGGUAUCCAGCUCGUUCUUUUGUUCUUAAACUGUUAAGAGCUUUUCCAGCUCAUAACAAUUUAAAACGAGGCUAUCAAACGAAUGCGACUUAAUGUCACGCAAGAUUUUGUCACGUUAUCAAAAUUCUUCUCGACACUGCUUUGUUUAGCCUUUGAGUCCUCUAGGUUUCAAAAUUUGGGAUAAAGAAAACAGAAGCCUAUAAACAACUGCUGGUUUAACAUACUUAGUCAACAAGCAAACGACCAACAGGAAGUGUGCUUAUAACGACUCUAACGUCACACUAUAAUUCAAAGAAUUUAAAGUGCAUCUGCCUUGAACCGUGAUAGGAAGUUUAUGCAAGAAGAUGACAUUUACUGUUUUAGAAUAGCUCUUUUCAUUUCUGAGGGAUAUGUAGGUUUUUAUUAAGUAAAGUAGUAAAGUGAUGACGCCAUAGACUCCAUCAAAUUUGUUUUGCAAACAUUAAGAGAGAAAAAGCUCAGGCAAUUCUUAUCAGAAAUGCGUGAUUUUAAGUUAUACACAAAUGUAAGACUAGUGAUGUGGAUGUGUUCCACAGCUGUAUGAGCUUGACAUUCCCAGGUCAGGAUCAGUAAUGGACUGCUCGGAACAUUUGUUGAAGCGUAAAUGAAAUAAUUAAUCAGCAAUUUUUAGGUAUAUUUUAUAUAAUAUUUAUGUCAGUUUCCACCAGUUGUCUGCAUGUAAAAAACAGGCAAAUUGUAGAGUUAGAGAAAAUUAAUCAGUGUGUCUCUCUUUUAUAGGGAGCCAUCUUAGCUGCUGUUGCCAGCAGAAAGUUUCCAGGUAAGAUGCCCUUAUUGACUGAGCCGUGUUUUUUAAGUUCUAGUUAUGAUAAGCUGCCUAAAAGUGUUGUGCCCUUUUUCUUUAACAUAUCUGUUACUUUUUUCUUCAUCUCUUAGUGGCAAACGGAGACGUCAUCGGAUCUCAGGUAUUGAAAUUUCUCCUUUCACCUCAAUAUAUAGUUUCGGUAGAUUGUUGUGAUUUGUGCAGAAAGAAAGAAAAACGAUGGUAGAUACCAUUGAUAUGAUUGCACAGCAGCGAUCUCGUCGUUGUGACUGUUGUGGUUUAGAGAUCGUAUCUCGUACAAAGUUACUUAAGAAUUCAUAGAAUAAAUGAAGUAUUCAUAUCAUCGCAUGAUGAACCUUUAAUUUUUUUACAGGAUGAUGUUUUUGAUUACGAAGACGAUGAUCUGUCUGCAUCAGGUGUGACUCGCUACCUUUUCCUUUUUUUUUCCCCUUUCGUUCUGUUAACUCUCAGCCAUCCAUAUGAAUUCUCAACAUCGAAAUACAUGUAUGCUAUCGAUCGAACUUCCCGAUAAAUUAGUCCAUUUUUGUGUUCAUUUACGAGAAGUAACUAUCUUCCUCUCUUAGGAGGCUAUUUGUAAAUGUGUGUGCGCCAUUUAUGCGUGAAAAUUACGUGCAAAAAGGAUGUGCGAUGCAAUAACGGAAUAACUUUUGAUCGAGUUUGUUUUCAAUCGACUCAUCUCCGUCACACCUCUCUCCAUCCGUAGGGGCUAUCGGUCAGCUUCUUGACUCGUUAGAAGAGAUUCAAGUUCUCGCCGGAGCAAGCGAAGAUGAUGUGAACUUUUUACAGAACUUCUUUGAACACCAGACGUUGCAAGCCUUACUAGAGGUGAGAAUGCAAUUUGUGAAGUCAUUCUAACCCAACUUCAUUCUACACUCGUGUCCCAAGAGUGCUCGGCACAAAGGGUGUAACAAGGCUGAAAUGAAAUACCAGUUACUGCCCGUGUGCUCUGCUAAGAUCGGUAAACUAUUAAAUAAAUAAUGGGAAGAACCCGUAAAGAAACGGUUGACGAUACUGCAGCGAAUUAGAAAUCUCUCCCUUUUUUUCCUCUUGUCAUUCGCCUUGAUGCUCCUCCGGGGAUUAGGUACGAGUAGCGUCUAACACUUCAGGGACAAGUCGAUUAGCAUAGGGGAGUGUGCUCCUUUUAUUUUUGGUUAGCUAAGCGAGCUUGACAUUCUGAAACCUCUCAGGCGAACGAGGCCACGGUGAGAUCAGUUUUUUAAUCGCUUCCUUACUUGGUAUCAAAGUGUUUUUAAUUUAGUGCUGUUUUUUAUCAAUCAAAAACCAAUAACACUUAAUUUUUCCUCCACAAUCUUCCAAUCUGGAAGUGUGUGCUUUCAGCAUAAUUUGAAAGCAAAUUCUGAUUGUAGCCGGUUCUCGCGCAUCCAUUUUCCCGCGCCAUAGGGGUCUCAGCUGGAACAGAGACAAAAUGUACGGGUAUAUACGAUUUACAUGUAGCGUUGUUCGCGCAAUUUUAUGCAGAUCCGUGAUGCCAAAUGGUUUGGGAUUCGUUUGUGAGGUUUUAAUUUUUUUUAAUUAAAAGAAAAAAUAAAAAAAUAAAAAAAAAAAAAAAAACCGGAAAGCAAAUUAAUCAGAAUAAAUUCCUCGUACACUAAAUGUCGUUAUUUGUAAUUUUAUAAACUUGAAAUUUAUUUUCUUUUUGGUUUAUAAAGAAUUUUGAUUAUACGAGGUUGGCAUAAUCUUGACAAGUCAUUUAUAAUCCAUUAAUUCUUUGCAUUUCAAACAAGAAACAAAGCUUUUUUCAAAACCUCUGUGUACAGAUAAGAUGUUAAUUAGCUGUCCUAUGAAGUUGGUGGUUCACGUUUUUCUAUCAAAUAAACAAAUUAAAUCAAAUUGGUUUGCAGCAUGUCCGUGUCAUAUUCAUGUGAUAAAAUAUAUAAGUGGGUCGACGAAUUAAUCAUUAAAUGCAGAUUGAAAACAUUUUCCUCAAAGCCGCCUCAUAUGCCACUUUGAAUCCCAGUCGUAUUCUGUGAUUAUUGUCAAAAGCGAAGAUUUGGUUCUGAGUUCUCGUCGGAAGUAACUUUAUCAUUUUGUGUUUGCGAAAUUUAUCCUACGAAAUCUUAAUGAAAAUAUAGUUUACUAGUUCGUAGAUUAGUGGAAAUUGUGGCUUUCGAUAUUCAAAUGUUAUCUUUUUUUUGGUUAAUAAUUGAUUCCGUCCAAGCCCACAAACUGGCCCUGACGCUGUCGAUAGGAAAAAAAAAAAAAAGAUAUCCAUUAUUUUCCCGGUCAUGUUGCAGGUUUACGACAGAAGCCAAGAAUGGACGGAUGAGAAUCGUUCGUGUCCAUCGACAUGUUCUCCUAACGCGGUAGAAGACGCUAAAGAGGUGAGGAAAAUCUGUCUCAAAAUUACAUUUGAAAUUAUUCGAUCAAGCGCGCUUCACACUGCAAAAUCUUCUUGAAAUGUUUCCGCCUCAUGAGAUGCACUUUGUGUUCUGUACAAGUUUCGCUAGUGAAGUCGUUUUUUUUGAAGACCGGAGCUGCUUUAUGUAACAAACCAGCAAAGAGGAAGCCUUUUUAAAUAGGAAAAUUCGUUAUUAUCGUGUUAACAUCGUGGUGUCACUUUUUCAAGGUUUAUUUCUGGACUGAGUAUGUCUUCACUGUUUGUAAUAACGAACAUUAAAUUUUGCAAAACAUGAAGUGAAGCGUUUUGUAUCGUGUUACCGCUUGUUCUCCGUAUCUUUUAAGUCUGUCGUUAGCGAAAAUGUAAUAAUGUACGUUUUGGUUUCUGAACUGCUUCAGGUUAGUCUGUGUACUGUUUUUCUCAGAUUUCUUGUCGGUCACUAGUGAGAAUCUAUCAAAUCAUCAACUAGUAUUUACUUUGCCGGUUCUUAAUAAUUAUUUGUUAGCCAUUUUCGACCCAAGUGCGACGGUUCCAGAUUGUGUUAUUCUUGUGAAAAGAGUGAAGAUUUCAGUGGGGUUGAAGUACCUUCCUGAAAUUUAAGGAUUAUGAGAAAAAUGGCUCCUGAGCCUUUUAAUUCGUUUCUCAUUGUUAAUAUAAUUACUGUAUUUCUGGUCGUGUAUUUUUUCCUUUUGUAAAUUUUAUUUAACUUACUAAUUAAUUAGCUCAUCCAUUUAAAGGUACAUAAUCGCUGCUUCACAGAAAGCACUCAGUAGAAGAAAAGUCAUAUCUGCAAAGCUUCCAAGUCCCUCUUAAAUGGGCGGAAUUUUUUACUCUUUACUUUAAGCCUUUGUUUUCGUUUCCUUUCGGGUGUCCAAAUAACUUAAACUGAAUGGCUGAAAAUCAUAGUCGAUUGGUGGGAAGCUAAAGGAAGCUCUCUCAUUGGCCGAGGGGCAUGCAAAGACUGCUAGAAAGACGUCAGAAAUUGAUACAAAUUUGACAGUGAUUGGGUUAAUUAGUGAUUUCACAUACGUGGGUUUUUGUCCUUAUUGACGUUCUCAUUGAUGUCACAUUAUGAACUGUUGCUGAAAGUACGGUAACAUUGAUGUGAUGUCGAGGGUGAAUUGGGGGGUCUGGAUUCGAACCCUAGGCAGAUCAUAGUCGAUGAUAGCAUUGAUUUCUCCCCCACGGGGUAUAGAUAGAAUAUUGUUGUAACUUCACAAUGCACCGUGUCACUUCGUGUUAAAACAACUGGGAUAAGUUCCAUUAGUUUGGCCCUCGAGGGAUGUGUACAUCUUUUGUUCGAUAUCCGCACAUCCUUCAAGUUACCCGUUCAGCAAUACUUGAGACCAUUUAAAACAAUUUUUUUCCUUUUGACACCUUGCUUAAUGUUUCCAGUGGUUUCUGCCCAUGUUUAUCGGAUUUUAACCUUUCACUACGAGUGGUGUCCAAAAAUUAAUAUCUCCUAACUACUCUGGCAAUGUGGCAAUAUCAAUCCCUUUUCCAAGCGGACAAGUCAUUCGAAUUAAAAAGUUAGCAUUAAGGGGAUAUUAUGGAAUGGGAUACAAAUUAUUCGGAACUCACACAAUGAGAGAUAUAAGGCAGAGAGUAAUGAGAACUUAGGCUCGAAUGUUGCCUUCGUCAAAGACUACUUUUAUCUCUCUACUGCGCCUGAUACAGCAGGUCAGAUCAAAUCAAAGGGGACGCUCUCUCUGUACAUCUAUAUGAUAUACACAAGGAAAGAAUUUCCAACGUUUAUAUCAGGAUUUCUCUGACGAUUCCUAUAUCCGUAAAAGACUCAAGCACGAAGACGAACAAUCUUUACUUUAAAGUCGUCCAUUUGUCUUGGGCCGAUUAUUUGAAAUCUACUAUAAAUAUUUACUCAAAGUUACAAUGUUUCUAGCAUGAUAGAGCGUCCUUUGUUUUGUUUUUUGGUUUGCAUCCAAAUGUUUCCUUUUCUAUUGAUCAAAAGACAAUCGAAAGAUUUCAAUGACAGUUAGGGAUAAUCUCUUAGUAAGCGCCCAGUCAUGCAUGAAAUAACUAAGGUGUGGUCGUACAAUUUUUCGCGUGCGAUUUGAUGCUACCCACGUCUUUUCGUCAAGUGUAUGGGAAAGAAGGUUUAGGUCAUCCGGUGAAUUUUCUUUUCGAUCAAAGCUUCAUUAUUAUAUCUUAAUUAUCUGCCUUUUUUAAGCUGUUACCUUUGCUUACUGUGUAAUCAGCACUACUCUGUAUCCUGCUCUGGUGGUAUUGCAUAAGUAGGUUCUCUUUCAUUUUUCGUCGUUCUUGCAUCGGCUGAUGCAUUCCCUUUUCCACAGAUUAUUGACCUGGUCGAGUUCAGGGCCGAAGACGACGACGACUGUUACGAGUUGCAAAACAUCUUGUCAGACCCGCAUGUGAUGGUAAGCCAUGAAAUGAAUUUAAUAUCUUAAUGGUAUCCACCGCAUAUAUUAAUUUCCAUUUGACGCGUAAUGUAAGUGUUUUCUUUUGUGAUACUUAAAAGCGUUUGCUAUGCAAAUUUACUUUCCAAUCGAAGAGUAUCUUGAAACAGUUUGCGGAAGGAGAAAGACUGCAAAGUAGUUUUUUUUUUCUCCUCAAUUAGCGAAACAGAUGCGAGAAUCGUUAACUCAGUUUAUUAUUGAACAAUGGUCAAAAACGACACACUCUGCAUCUCUCGAAAGUUCUUUUCUCUAUGUCACGCUUUAGCGGAAAGGUUUGAUUGUCAAGAAAAUUCUUGGGUGUCAUGUGUCACAAUUUGUAACUACGAGAGCCAUGAAUUUGUAUAUGUUGACGGAUAAAUGCGUGGAAAGGAAUCCAUGCUUUCAUUUAAUAGCUUAGUGUUUCAAAAAUUUCUAAGAACCCCAUAUAGUGACUGACUGCUGUUUGCAUCUCAUUACCUGAAGAAGUCUCGAGACAUUCUUGGGUGGUUUUUAAGAUCAGUAAAUUACUGGAUAAUCGGCUUAUAAACUUAGCGGCUGUGCGAGAUCAGAUUAUGUGAUAACGUGAUCCUUCCCCUUCAACUUUUUGUGGGAAACAGGUUUUUUUACUUUGGUCAAAUGGAACCACGAUCCAAAGAAUAACUUGUUGGCGAUCAUUAGUCCAAAACAACCGUGAUUUGACGUCAGAAAAUUCCCUGUCUGCCCUCCCUAAAUUUGUGUUUCUAUUUUUUUGUUUUCAUUACGUUUAAACUAAACUUGGGUAACGGAAUUGAAGAUACGACCUCUGGAACAAUAGUGUUCUUCAUAAUGAAAUUUACUUUACCUUUCUCCAAAACGGCUGCAAAAUAAGGGACUCAUUAUCCCAGCAACUUAAAAUGCACUUUUUAUUUGGUAAUCUUACCAAUUUUCAUCCAGCCAGUUGUUGUUUCAGCCGGAAAAGUAUAUUUGUGUGUCUUGGAGUUUAUGACUGACAAACCCGUAGUCCUUUUAAAAUCUGUAACUAUGAACAAAUUCAGUCAUCGGCUGGACAAUUUCAAUGUGUUCCAUGUGGAUUAUGUUCUUCAUAUCAGAGAUGUUUGUUAUAUUUCUAUUGCAACUUUGAAGAACUAUCUUUUUUCUCUGAACUGAACUGAAUUGUGUUGGUGAAACUUUUGUCACCCUCCAGGCGAUGCUUCAGUCACACGAUGAAGUGUUGAAAAUCUCAACGGGUGAGGAAGUAAACCAGUAUCAUGCUGAUACCAGCACUGGAUAUAAUGGCAGAAUGGAGGAAUCUAUGAGCGAAAGACCGGAAAAACUCACCCGUGUUCGACUCGUUCAGUUUCAUAAAAAUCUCAACGAACCCAUGGUAAGGAUGCAAGUGCACGCGUUGCGGCCUUAUAGCUAACUGCUAGUUGAUGGGUUAGGGAAUUAUAGAAUUAGAGAAAGGAAAACCAAAAAAUAAAAGUUUGUUCUUGUACUCGAACAUGAAAGAGGUAAAAGCAAACUAAAAGCGAUCCAGAAUAGUAUAGAAUGGCAGAGAUUGGUGUGGAUGGUAAAUGAGACACAUCUUGCGAAAAAUUUUUCAUGAUGCACAAACCGAAGCCUAGCUUCUUCAACAAUGACCAAUUUCUUUUUCGUUGUAUGUAAGUGGGAGCUAACUGGCGCAAAUGUACUCUCUAGCCAGACUUUUUUGAGUGUAAUUUUCAAGGCUUCAACUAUUCUUUGCUCAGAAAGUUGUCUGGCGACUGAACUGAGAGAUAGAAUCUCGUUUCGAACUGAAAUGUUUUUUUUAUCUGUUUGUAUUGUGGUCGAGUAAAUUCAAAUUGCAUGGUGCAGAUGUUUAUCCCUGAUUGUAUGAUUUUCUUCUUCAGGGAAUUACUCUCAAGAUGAACGAAGAAGGAAGGUGCAUUGUUGCCAGAAUCAUGCACGGAGGAAUGAUCCACAGACAAGGUUUGUGUUUUUUUGAAGUCUACAGCAAACCACAGCAAAGCUGUAAACAACGCGUUCAAACUGAACCAAAGCAACUCUUGUUGUCAUUGUCGUUAAAGUUUUCAUAUGACCGCCGUGAUUUAUUUACCCCUGCGAUAAGAUUCUUUUUUUUUUUAUUUAGAUUGUGACUCUAAUAAACGUGGUCUAGAUUGAAAAUUAAAACACAAAGGCCUGUAGCCUACGUGUAGCUUUACCCUCCCUCGCAAGGUGAAACGGACGGGUAUGGCUACACGCAGGAGAAAAGUCCAGUGAUAUAUAGCUCAACAAAGCGUUUGCUAAAACUUGACUUUUCGUAUGCCAGGGAAGGUAAACAUUCGAGAUAAACCGUUACGUUGAUUAAUAUUUCAUUCUAUAUUUUCGUCUGGUUGUCGAAAGUUUGAAACACUUUCUACCGUUUGGCGUAAAUGAACAGCUACAGCCACAGUUGAUGAUGUUUCCUUUUAAUUUUGAAGGCUCGAUGCGCAUGCGCGAAAUGAUUUGUUUCUCUAACCUCUAACGAGUAAGGAAAAUAACAAUCUGGGCGACGCCAGAUCUUUUGCCUAGUGUCAGGUUAAUAAUAUGAAGGGAAUUACGGGCUGCCCUCGGGUCACCCGCUUACUUCUGCGGGAAGCCUGUGUUGUAGGAAGCAGCCUCCUCCAAAAUCCCUCCCCUCAAAUUGGAAACAAGACAAUCACUUAAAUGUAUGAGACUUGCUUCAACCAUCUGGAGAGUGAACCGUUGUUUAUUAGACACAUUUUCUACUGUCCUUCAUCGAUACAUUUACUCGCAAAACAGGUCUUUUUAAUGGCGAAUUCUUUGUUUCCCUAUGUAGGCACACUUCACCCAGGAGAUGAAAUUCGCGAAAUCAAUGGAGUCAACGUGGCAGAGAAGUCAGUCGAAAACCUACAAGCUAUUUUGGUGAGUUAUAUAAUAGUCACCAUACCCCAGAGUGCUUUUGACUCUUCACACCCAGAGAUCUGGACGCAUUUUCUCCUCACAUUACUUGUAGAACUUACAGGGAGAAUUUGUUGCACAAUCUAGCGAUCAUUUCUUUAUUCUCGUGACCAUGACGUUUGAUUCAGCAAUACCACUAUAAGGAGAACUUAGCUGUUGAUCGAUGUAAGGGUUUAGGGACCAAAGCUUUACUAUGAAACUGACAAAACACGAUUUUCUUUCGUCUUCAUCUCUCAGCGUCAAGCGAGUGGAAAUGUCACGUUCAAGAUUGUGCCAAGCUCAAGGAAUUUAAACCAAGUCUCUGAAGUAAGUGUGCAGUGGAGAAGAUCUAUGAAGAAUGGAACAAAAUAUUUUUAGUCCGUUGUAAAUGCAUGAUGUUUAUGUCACUAGAACAGUGCCUUUCAUGCGACGUCGAUCGUUUCACGUAAACUCAGGGUUGAAAAUUCGUGCAUAAGAAUAUUUUUCCGUAAAAAACCAUACAAAAUGAUGAAAAAUAAAAAAAGAAACGAAUACUUCAAUGCGAUGAAACUUUAUUACGCUAGCUGAAAAUUAACUACAGAGGUUUAGUUGUGAAGCAUAAUAAGUUCUCGACUUUGCUUGAUAUGCGGCUUACUUACAUACCGCUGCCGUUUGCAGGUGUUUGUGCGGGCGCUGUUUGAUUACGACCCUCGUGGGGAUGACCUGAUUCCGUGUCAACAGGCCGGGUUAACUUUUGCUUGUGGGGAUAUUAUCCAAGUCGUAAGUAAAACUGACCACUACUGGUGGCAGGCAGUCAAGGCUGACGAUAAGACCGGAUUCGCAGGACUCGCUCCGUCGCCCGAGCUACAAGAGUGGUUAGUAUUUCGGGAGAUUUGAGUGGUUUGUCCAAGAGUUAGUUACCGUCGUAUGAUGAUCCCAUUAUCACGUCUGUGAUGUUAUUAUAUGACCAAUGAGGCUCUGCACGUUUUUGUGUUCCCGUAUGAAGAGCGUAUGCGAUGGCGUGAGCAGCACCAUACAACGCCGUACGGCCCUGCGAGCUGCGAACUAAAAGAAAAAGGGAAGAAAAAGAGGAAACGAUGGUCAUAUAAUAAAUGCCUAUACUGGCUGAGUUAGGUCGGGUCAGAAGUGAAAAUACUUUGCUCUCGGGCAUGACUCAGACCGCGUGUUGCUCGGUACGUACGUCGAGCCAAGUAUUUUCCUCUCCGGCCCUCCCGGUCCUCCCACUCAGUCAGACAACGUGUUGCUCGGUACGUACGUCGAGCGAAGUAUUUUCCCCUCCGGCCCUCCCGGUCCUCCCACACAGUCAGACCACGUGUUGCUCGGUACGUACGUCGAGCCAAGUAUUUUCCCUUCCGGCCCUCCCGGCCCUCCCACUCAGUCAGUAGGACAUACUACCAAAUAAUUGGAAGCUGUAUAACUUAAUAUCGCUUGAAAUUGAACUGAAGUCACUUAAGAAGCUAAUGCAAGAUAGAAAGAAAAUGAUGAAGAACAGGUGGCAUAGGCAGUAUUCUCUACAGGGCAUCUUACACAAGCGGAUGUCAGAAAACCCACAGUAUAUUUGGAAGAAAUAGUGUAUGCAUGUGAACAUUUCAAGAAAUAGAAAGGAAAAAAAGAGUAAAACAUAGGAACAAACUUUUCAGAGUAGUUUCUUUGAAGUGUUCUUUAGAAAAAAAGAAGUGUUGAAACUUACUUGCGGGAAGGAUGAACAAGGUGAAACCUGCGUCUAAACCGUAGUGCCUCAUGUUGAUCUUCCAUUUAAUUUUUGGCAGGAGAGUGUCGAGUUUAGCAGCGGAGAAAGCCAGGAAGCAGAAUGGCGGUAAGAAUGUGUUUUUUGGAUUUAUUCAAUUAACGGCCUGGAUCACGAUCUGAAAUUAGUACCUCAGAAGUGGGAAAGGGUAUAAUGAAGGAGAGAUGUCAUAGUUAAUUCAUAGCGCUGCAAAUUAUAGCUCAGGUGUAGUUAUAAUUUGAAGAGUGAGGAGUUCGCCCGGCGCUCCUUGCGAUUACUGUAUUGUUUUUGCCAAACUUAGACCGUUUUCUUUCAUCCAGUCUCUCUCUUGGGUUUUGUCGUUGUUGCUCUUGAUUUUCUUGCUUUUUCUCAGCUAUUAUUAUUAUUUUUGAUAUUCAUAUUAUUUGUAUAAUUUGUCUUAAUCGUUAUGAUGGAGAGUAUUAUCAUUAUUGUUGAUGCUUUUUUUGUUAUUAUAAUAAUUAUCUUUAUCUUUGAAUGACAUAUGUUUUUCUUUCCUUCAGCAACUUGUAUAUGGUUUAACAAGAAAAAGAAAAGCAGUCGUGAUAAGUAUGUGGCUAAACACAAUGCAGGUGAGCGCUGGUGUGCGUUUUACUGGCAUGAAUUGAUUUGUUUUUAGGAUUGAACAAUCAGUGAUGCAAUUAUUUUUCUCUUUUCUCUUAGUUUUCGAUCAGCUUGAUCUUGUUACUUAUGAGGAAGUUAUCAGGCUGGAUUACUUUAAACGAAAGGCACUUGUACUUCUCGGUAAGAAUAGAUAAACCAUUUCCGAGAUUUUCACUGCAUCUUCUUCAAAACGACCUAGAAAGCAAAACCUCUGAUCUGAAAAUGAUAUUUCACCCUCGCGCAAAUGCGACUCAUUUCACAACAAAGGUUUUGCAAGUAGCUUCAUUUUCUAAGUGAGGGUUUUUGGAACUUGGAAAUGACCGAUUGAAUUCCCAAGAUAGCUUUAAUCAUUUCUUCGCGCUGUGGUCCAAUUGAAAAGCCCGGGUAUUGGGUUACUAGCAAAACACGAGAGUAAGGAUGAGCAUAUUGUUCAUGAAUGGUCUUGGGCGUGCAGGAAGAUCCCUCCAUAUCAUUCCGAAAUCCUGCUUUCAGGCGUGUGGUAUGGUGUUUUUUCCUUCACAUGUUAUGAUUUCGUGAAGAAAUAAGCAAAAUUUGAAGUACAGAGUUUACGUUUAGAGCAAACGCCUCUACCCGCUUUGGAGAAGCUGCUCACCAAAUACUGCCAUUAAUAGCUUUAUCUCGAACCCAGUGUAAUUUUGGCUCCAUGUCAGCGGUGCGGUUGCUAAGAGACGCCUUUAAAGAUAAUUGAAAAUGUCUAAUGCGACUAAGGCUUCUGUGUAGUCAUUGACAAAACAGUGCUGAAUGCGUGAUAUGGCUAAGAAGCGUGCUUGAUCCAGCGGUGAUGAUCGCUGGCUUUUAUCCUUUAGUUUAGUGGAACUGAUACUAUUUACUCUGUUAAUGAUUACUCUGUUCACACAAUGGCUUUUUUUUUCAGGGGCUCAUGGCGUUGGAAGGAGACAUAUUAAAAAUACAUUGAUCAAUAAAUUUCCCGAAAGAUUUUCUUAUCCUAUUCCACGUAAGUAAACGGUUAUUGUCUUCGCCAUUGGUGGAUCAUAUUAACUUCACUAAAAUUCCGUUUUUAGUAUGAAGCUGAAAACAUUUUAGGGACAAGGUUUUUGUAACAAAUCCGCAAACAAGGCAUGAGUAAACUUCAUUCGCAUACAUUCAGGUUCCCGAAAAAGUAAACGUUGUGAUCGAGACGAGGAACUAUGAAGCUUGUGAGACUUGGUGAAAUAAUUUCUGCUAUUUCUUUUAAAGAUACGACAAGAGAGCCGAAAGAAGGAGAAGAGGAUGGAAAAAAUUACUUCUUUGUUUCUGCCGAGGAUAUGUUAAUGGACAUAGAAGCCAACAAAUACCUGGAAUACGGGACGCACCAAGGCGCCAUGUACGGUACUAAGCUCGACACGAUAAGGGACAAUCUUAAUCAGGGUCUCACAGCGAUUCUCGACGUGGAGCCUCAGGUAAAUCAGGGCCCUUUUAGACAAGCCGUUAAGAUUAUGUCCUUCAGCGCUGGGGCAUAUGGACUGUAAUUGUCUUGGUGUUACUUGGGGAAGUAAACUGAAUUAGAUCUAUGUCAUCCAAACAAUACCGUUUUUUUUCAUCCCUUUCAAGUUCGUUUUCCAAUAAAUGCAGUUUACGUGACAUGUUAAGUGUCUACGUUCGCACGACCAGCCUUCUCAUUUUUGUCACUAGGUAGUUCCGCGAAUUAGAUGCCACAUGAACCGCUUUGUUACCACGGCUUUCUAAUUUUGCUUUUUUUCUAUCAGGCGCUGAAGGUUCUUCGGACCGCAGAAUUCUCUCCUUACGUCGUGUUCAUCUCCGCACCAACCAUCAUUGGAAACGACAACACGAGAAACCCUCCCAUGCCAAACGGAGAUGUUGCUGUAAGUCUGAAUAUUGAAGUUUAUCGUGCCUCUUCUGAUAUUCUCCAGUGAUUCUGAAAGAUUUUGAUAAUAUAAUUCAUUUUUAUUUUCAAGUUUUUAGUAUUAUAUUCGCAAUCGACAAAUCUUGUCGGUAGCAAUUCGGCGAUAAUUUGGUUUUAACAAUUGAGUGGGUAACGUAUUUGGCCACCGUAAAGAGAACCAAAUUUUUCAAAAACUUGCGUUGACCAGCACUGUUUGCUUAAUUUAAUAUUUAUAAUUUUGUUUAAUUAUUAUGUUUUUUCCUCCCUCGAUAGGACGAAAGUCUUCAGAGGCUUGCCAAAGAGUCGGACGCACUUCGCCAGACGUACGGGCACUUGUUUGACCUUACAAUCGUUAAUAAUGAUAUCGACGACACGAUUCGCCUCCUGGAGGACGCCCUCGAGCGAUUGCACAAAACGUCACAGUGGGUGCCAGUGUCGUGGGUGUAUUAACUCCGCCCUACCCCUCGCAAGGAUCACGAACGACAUGUGUCAAGUCAUGGUCAGGCUCUGACAAAAUGUACCCAGCCCUUCUCUUUCCAGUACUUGGACCCAUUCCUACCUCGCCAGUCGUUAGUUAACGUAACCUACUCAGUCAUUCAUAGUAUUCAUACCGUAUACAUCUCUUAGUAAGGGAAUGGAGCUUUUGGUGUUCGAUGCCUAGUUUCCCUAUAAUCCGUUCAGAAUUAAUUCUUAAGUCAUCAGGAAACGCCAAUAUCACUCGGAGUUUUGCGAGAGAGAAAAGGCGGGAAAAUUUCCACACCAUCGUGCAGGAUUGGUUCAGUAAGAAAUGAUUAGAAUUAGAUUUAGUCUAGGCAUAAUUGCAGGGGUAGGUAGGCCUCAGAGAGUAUGGUUUACUAUGCACAAUUAGGAAGAAACAAUUGUCCCAAAGCUUGGGAUUUUUCUACCAAUUUUUACAACUUUCAAGCUCGUUUCUUAAUAGUUGCUCUGUAGAAUUUUACGUUAAUGCACGUGCUACCUUUAUUACGCGGAAUCGGAUAAUGAUCAUCUCAACCUUCGAGGCUCGUUUGAACGCCACUAAGUGUUUGGUGUCCAGGGGGUUGCCUUAGGAAAUGAGUCUGUUUCUUGUUCCCAAACUUUGGUUGUGAGCAGCGGUGUUUCGUUUCAGUGCGCCUGAGUAUUGGGUCAGUUUGAUUAACCUUUAAAUAAAAAACCUUUUGUUUGGUUGCAUGUGGCUUAACCCGUGAAAAGCAGCCCUUUUGACUUAUGGAAAUUAAAUGCAACGGGAAAAAAGUAAUAUAAAUAGUAAUGAGAGCCUUUUGAAAGGGGCUGCAGUUACUUACUUUUAAACGUAAUGAAAUUAUCUUUUCUGUAUAACUACUCAAGGUAAAUUGUUUAUUGAUAUCUUAAAGAAAUCCGAGUUUUCGAAGAAUGGAAGUGGAAUGUACGUGGAAUCCAGGCUGUAGAUUGGCGCGAUCUUCCUUGUAUAUUCGAUGUCAAAGGCAAUGCAGAUCGGUAUAACUUUUGAAUGUGCUUGAGCUCUUUUUGAUUGCAAAGACCAAAGAUAUCAAGUUUAGUUUUAUUCUUUCUAAUAUAUGGUGAAAAGUGAAUUUUGAAAUCGAUUCAAUAACUGAUUGUUUGCGCCUCGUUUUAAAAGUACUCUUUUGCUUUGAGAACGACAACUCAAUGAUUUUGUUUUGUUUUGUUUUUGUUAUUUUAAUUCCCAUAAAUAUAUAUAUAUUUAAGAGAGAAAUGUCUCUAUGUUAUGUAUUCAUAGCUUGUUUUCCAUUUUUUAAUUUCAAUCGGUAUGUAAAAUGCAAUCCCUAAUUUAUUUAUCACAAUAACUUAAUUAAUGCUCCCAAGUAACCGCUCAAAUAAAUCAGACGCAAACAUGCAGGUUAUUGUGAAAAAUUCAGAAGUAAUCUUAAAUUUUAAAUUAAACUGAAGUAGCUCAUAUAGUGAUAUUAUCGGCUUUUUGCAUUUUGUUGUAUGUGGUUUGAUGUUGAGGCUUGAAAAAGCAAUUGGGGGGCUCCUCAUUUGAACUGAUCAUGUAGGUUGAUACAGGGAUACAAUUUGACUGAAAAGAUUAAGACUACAGCUCGAGAUAAUUUUCCAUCAAGGCAUAUGUCACGUAAUUGAGGGUAUAACGAAUUUUUGUCGUUUGUUGAAAGCUCAAUUUCCGACUUUUCAGUCGUCGAGGUAUUAUCUUAUCUUCAUUGUAGAUGUGAAUUAUGAAAAUUUGUACAAAGAUUUGCCUUAAGACAAUGGAAUGGGAUAAUUUCAUGCCUUUUGUUUUACUGUCGAAAUACACAAGCGGCUAAGGUGUGUAUAACGUCAAAAAUGUAGAAUUGAAAGAAACUGAAUCGUGAUGGAAGAUGAGCACACGUAUUUGUAAUGCAUUCUCGUUUUAUAUGUAAAGAGAUCGCUGUACAUUAAAGUAUGUGAAACUUG